AUGGACGUUUCAGCACAACUUGAAGUUCAAAAAUCUAAAUACAAAUCAAUAAAUGUUGAAAAACAAGUCCCAUUACAGUUCGAUCUCGGAUUAUUAGCUGGUUUUGAUAUAAAUGCUUUGGAGGAAAAUAAAUUAAAAACUGAAACUGAUAAUUAUUUAAAAUCCUAUACCCGCGACGGCACUCAACUCUUAAUCAACGAAAUAUUUCAACUUCCUCUAACUUCGAUACAGGACGUCGGUGUGGUUACCGAGCUACCAAAGAUUGUAACCGCCAUCCCACGAGAAAAACCUCUGCCAAAACCAAAACCACCAACACGAUGGGAACGAUUUGCAAAACUUAAAGGAAUUAAAAAGAAUAAAAAGAGUAAAUUAAUUUAUGAUGAAGCGAAAGGAGAAUGGGUUCCUCGGUGGGGAUAUAAGGGCGCAAAUGAUGAUGGCUCCAACGAAUGGUUGGUGCCCGUACCCGAUAAUGCAGAUCCGUUUGAAGACCAAUUCUCUAAAUUACGUGAAGCUAAAAAAGGGCGAAUUUCAAAGAACGAGGCACGCCGUCGAAGAAACAUAGAAGAAGCAGAAACUGGUGCGAACAAAAAAACAGAAUUGCGCCAGCAAAUUUCCGUUGCAAAAACGGCAACUGCUAGUCUUGGAAAGUUUGAUAAGCCUAUUAAGGGUGAACCAUCAAAUACGAAAGGCGUUAAAAGAAAGUUUGAACCGAACCUAGGAGAUGUACAGAAAGAAAAGGAAACUAGAUUAAAUAUACUUAAUAAAAUAAUUGACAAAAAAGGCGAAAUUGUAAACGUUAGAAAAGCAAUUGCAAAAAAUAACCAACAAAAUUAA